AUGUCUACCACCGACCACACGAUCCCGAAUCUCUUCCACAUGUGCAAAUUAGCAUUCCACAAAUGCCUCACCUUUCCUGACCUCUACAAAGACCAAUGGGCCCAGAACUGCCUGGUCGAGUUCAACCACUUCGUGCAUCUGAUCGGACCUGCAUUGAUCUCGUCACAGAUCUCCGAUUCACAGGGGGCUAUAGACCAACUCGAUAAGGCGAAAGACGCCUUGUUGUCGCUGCAUCAGUCUUUGAUGGACUGUGUUCAAUGCGCGGAAGAUGGUAGCUCCUGUGUGGAGGCGAUGAUGGAUGUUGAGUCGGCGCUGGAGAGUCUGGAUGUGGUGAAGAAGGAGGUUGGGCUGAGGGAGAUUCGGUUGGGGGAUGUUGAGGGUGGGUAUGAGUAUAUUGACCCCGGGAAUGAGUUUACUCUUGAGGCUGGUGGGGAUGAGUAUAUGGCGUAUAGUGAGUAG